AUGGUUUUCUUCUUUGCCAAGCUAGCCCUGUUGGCUAUAGGAGGAGGAGGAGGUCUUCUCGCCAAUGCCUUUUACCUACCAGGCGUUGCUCCUAUUGACUAUGCGAAUGGCGACAAUGUUCCUCUCUAUGUCAACUCACUGACACCCAUGUCGAAUCAACAACUCAAGUCUCUACUCGCGUACGACUAUUAUGAUCCUCGCUUCCACUUUUGCCAGCCUGAAGGUGGUCCACAACAGCAAUCAGAAAGCCUCGGCAGUAUCAUGUUUGGUGAUCGCAUCUUCUCAUCGCCAUUCCAGCUUUUCAUGGGCAAGGAUGAGACAUGUAAACGCUUGUGCGUGUCUGAAACGAUACCCAAGGAGGAUGCUCAAUACAUCAACCAGUGCAUCAAUGAUGGAUACGCCUUGAACUUUGUGGUGGAUGGUUUACCAGCAGCUCACAUUUCCACGGAUGAACGUACCGACGAGGAAUAUUACAGCAUUGGAUUUAGAUUGGGCGAAUCAGACGCUAAAGGUCCCGUUCUCAACAAUCACUAUGACAUUUACAUUGACUAUCACGAACGUCCUGAUGGCAAAAAGCGUGUGGUUGGCGUCGUUGUCACUGCAUCCAGUUUCGAUCGUGAUCCAAAAGCUGAAAAGGUGGCAUGCGAUGGUGGUGCUCCUCUGCAUCUCAAGGAUGAUGGAUCUCAACAAGUUGUCUAUACCUAUAGUGUCACUUGGCGUGCUUCAAAAACCGCAUGGGCUACACGUUGGGAUAAUUAUCUCCAUGUUCUUGAUCCUUCCAUCCAUUGGUUCUCUCUUGUCAAUUCGGUCGUCAUUGUUUUAUUCCUCACUGGCAUGGUGGCCAUGAUUUUACUUCGCGCUCUCCACAAGGAUAUUUCUCGUUACAAUGCUGUUGAAGCUCAGGAAGAUGUUCAAGAAGACUACGGCUGGAAACUCGUACAUGGUGACGUUUUUCGUGCUCCUGCAAGAUCCAUGUUGCUAUCAGUCUUGGUUGGAAGUGGUGCACAGCUUGUUGCUAUGGUUGCUUUGACGCUAGUCUUUUCGGUCUUGGGUUUCCUAUCUCCCUCAAAUCGUGGUGCUCUUGCUACUGUGAUGGUGAUCUUCUUUAUGCUAUUUGGUUGCAUUGCCGGAUUUGUGUCAGCACGUAUUUACAAGAUGAAUGGUGGUGAAAAUUGGAAGCUUAAUAUCCUCUUAUCUGCCACGCUACUUCCAGGCUUGAUCGCUGGUAGUUUGCUUACCUUGAACUUUUUCCUUAUUGGAUCCCAAUCCUCUGGAGCUGUUCCCUUUGGUACCAUGAUUGCUAUUGCUGGUAUUUGGCUCUUGAUUUCGCUUCCUCUUAGUGUGGUCGGCGCCUAUUUUGGUUUCCGUAAACCUCGCAUUGAGCAUCCUGUACGCACAAACCAAAUCCCACGUCAAAUCCCAGAUCAGCCUUUCUAUUUACGUCCAGUACCAUCGAUCUUUAUGGGUGGCAUUCUUCCAUUUGGCGCCAUUUUCAUUGAACUUUACUUUGUCAUGAACAGCAUUUGGUUCCAUCGUAUCUACUAUGGCAUUGGUUUCUUGUUCCUUGUCUUUAUCGUCCUUAUCUUGACAUGCUCCGAAGUUACCAUUCUUUUAUGUUACUUCCACUUGUGCAGUGAGGAUUAUCAUUGGUCAUGGCGUGCUCUUUUGACAUCUGGUGCUGCUGGCUUUUACGUCUUUUUGUAUUCUAUUCUCUACUAUCUAACCAAGCUGGAUAUCAAUUUUACAAGUACCAUUCUCUACUUUGGAUACUCUGGUGUCAUUUCCCUCCUCUUCUCCCUGCUCUCAGGAUCCGUUGGCUAUUUAGCUUGCUUGGUCUUCUUGCAGAGGAUCUUUGCUAGCAUCAAGGUGGAUUAG